CGCUCCUUCCCAUUGAUGCGCUCGGUAGCAGCCUCUCAGCCUGGUCGCUGCCCGCCGGACGCUACCAUCUCCGCCUUCGCCGCCGCCAUUUUGACUGAGGGGAGUCGGGUUCCGAGACAGCUGGAGGCGGCGGUGGUGGCUGGCAUAACUUCACAAAGGAGAGCUAUCUUGCGACCGUCCUCUCCUCUAGAGAUGGCCAAUGUACUCUGUAACAGAGUCAGAUUGGUUUCCUAUCUCCCAGGAUUUUGCUCUUUGGUUAAAAGGGUCAUCAAUCCCAAAGCCUUUUCAACUGCAGGAUCUUCAGGUUCUGAUGAGUCUCAUGUGGCCACUGCACCUCCAGACAUAUGCUCUCGAACAGUGUGGCCUGAUGAAACCAUGGGACCAUUUGGACCUCAGGAUCAGAGAUUUCAGCUUCCUGGGAACAUAGGUUUUGAUUGUCACCUCAAUGGGACUGCUUCACAGAAGAAAAGCCAGGUUCAUAAAACAUUGCCUGAUGUUCUAGCAGAACCCUUAUCAAGUGAAAGACAUGAGUUUGUGAUGGCACAAUAUGUGAAUGAAUUUCAGGGUAAUGAUCCUCCUGUUGAACAAGAAAUUAACAGUGCAGAAGCUUAUUUUGAAAGCGCCAGAGUAGAGUGUGCAAUCCAAACAUGUCCAGAAUUGCUGCGAAGAGAUUUUGAAUCACUAUUUCCAGAAGUGGCUAAUAGCAAACUAAUGAUUCUGACUGUAACACAGAAAACUAAGAACGAUAUGACCAUGUGGAGCGAAGAGGUGGAAAUUGAAAGAGAAAUGCUCUUAGAAAAGUUUAUCAAUGGUGCUAAGGAAAUCUGCUAUGCUCUUCGAGCUGAAGGCUAUUGGGCUGACUUUAUUGACCCAUCAUCUGGUUUAGCAUUUUUUGGACCAUAUACAAACAGCACUCUUUUUGAAACAGAUGAACGCUAUCGGCAUUUAGGAUUCUCUGUUGAUGAUCUUGGCUGCUGUAAAGUGAUUCGUCAUAGCCUUUGGGGUACCCAUGUGGUUGUAGGAAGUAUCUUCACUAAUGCAACACCAGACAGCCAUAUUAUGAAGAAAUUAAGUGGGAACUAGCUGUAAUGUCUACUUAUUUGCUAUACAAUUGGGUUGAUAUAUAAACACUGUCAAAGACUUCCAUUUUAAAAAUAUACUUAUCUCGCGGUAUUUAUUGCAACAUUUACAAAUUUACAACUUUGGCAAGUGGGAGUUUCGAAAUCAUAAAUGUUCAUGUUAUCAUUGAAUACAUGUUGACCUCAUGCAUGUUGUAUAGAGUGUGGUCACGAACAUGUAACCAGGGUAUGAUCUCUUUCUGUACUUUCUCCCCUUUACUGGAAAAACCUGUUCCAAUUAUUUUUCUCCAAAAAUAAAUCACAAUUUGGUUAUGAUGA